GUAUGCGAACAUUUGAGCACAACUGUAUAUCUGACAUGAUUGUGAGCUAUGGCUUUAGCACUCCGUAUGACCCAGUUACCUCGAAGUAAUGUCUGCCAAAUAAAAAUAGCUUACAUAGUUUACAUUCAGUGACUUCGAGCUGGUGAAGGAAGUGUUUUCGAAAAGGGCAACGACUUCUUUUCUACCUACCUACUGUGUUGUCAGAACAGAUUUAAUGUUUCUUAUUGGUUCUUCAUAAUAAUUAGUGAAGUACAACAGUUUACAGUACUCUCUCAAACACAGAGGUGACUUCGUGAAAGAGAGCAUGAGGAUGAACAUCUUUGUGAUUAUAUUGAUUCUAAGUGGAACAGUUUGCACCUCGGCUCAAGAUCAUGAAUUGUUUGCUACCUUAACGUGCUUUGAGCCUAGCCAUCCUGAGUUGGUGGUGAUGGUGGAUGGUGAUGAAGUUGGCUAUACCGACUUCCAGAAAGACGAGCCAGUGAUGUUGUUACCUACACCAGCGGAUAUACACAUACCUUUUUCAAUAGUGAAUGCCUACGCUCAAUUGAGUGAAAUGUGGUGCAAGGAGCGCAUUGCAUGGGGAGAACUGGCAACACCCAGCAUACCACAAGUCAAAGAUGCCCCCGAGAGCACCAUCUACACAAGAAAUGAGGUGGAGCUGGGAGUGAACAACACUCUUAUCUGCUUUUUUUAUAAUUUCUUCCCACCGGCUAUCAAAGUCAACUGGACCAAGAAUGGCAUGGAGGUGACUGGGGGAGCGUCUCUCAGUAGAUAUCAUCCCAAUAAAGACGGAACCUUCCACCUGUUCUCCACUUUGAGUUUCACCCCACUGGAGGGGGACAUCUACGCCUGCACUGUAGAGCACACAGCCCUGGAGGAACCCAAAACCAGGUCCUGGGAGCCUGAGGUCAGUGAAUUCAGUGCUGGACCUACUAUCUUCUGUGGGGUCUGCCUGACUCUGGGGCUACUGGGUGUGGCCACUGGAACUUUCCUCCUUACCAAACGAAAACCUUGCUUUAAAUAUUUUUAUACACAGACAGGCAGAACAGGAAUUUCUUUUGAUUUACAGGGUGUUUCAGCAAACCUAUAACCUUAACAUUAUGCAUGCAAAACCAAUCUUAAAUUGGGUGGAUGAUCCAGCAAUCUUACUGUAGCUAUCCAAUAAACCAACAGCACUCCUUAGAAUGCCCUGAGUAGGAACCACCCUCAAACAGUGCAAUAUUCAGCCUAUUAAGCGUUAAACUGCCAAAACAUGGCUAGUUAAAAUGAAUGAUAGUGGGUGAUCUGACAAUUGAACAUGUUGAAUUAGUUAUGUGAUAAAGCACAGCUUUUUCCAUUUUCAAGUAACCAUGUUACCAACCAAAUAUUCACUGACUAAAAAUCACCCCCUCAGUAUUGGCGCAGUUAUCUACUAUGGUGUCAUAGCCUAUUGUAAUAUAAUGUGAUGGUGUUUAUCAUUUUCAGUGGGACAGUUUCCUUGACCAGCGCAACAUUUUAAAGGGGGUAGACUUUGUGUUCAGUUCAAUCAUUAGUGUGCUAGCUCAGAUAUGUCAUUUGAUAGAUAUUGGGCAUGAAAAGGAGCUGAAUUACACAAUGUAUGAGAGUAUUAAUGAUCUCUGUACAAAGGA